AUGUUGCACGAGAUCGUUACUCCUCGAGGGUUUGUAGGAAAUGAUGACCAGUGGAAGACUCAUAAUGUCAAUCGAGUCGAGACUUUAUCAAAGACUCAUAAAAUAAAGGAAUGGUUGAAGGGACAAGUCGUUUACACGUUACACAAAACUAUUCGACGUAAGUUUCCAAGCCUUUUUUACGAUGUCAACGCUUUAGAUGACUUGUGGGAGACUGAUCUCAUUCAAUUGACGUCUAUCAAAAAUUACAACAUUGGUAUGUCGUACAUUCUCGUUGCAAUAGAUAUUUUGAGUAAAUUUGUAUGGGCUCAUCCAUUAUGCGAUAAGACUUGCAGUGAAGUUACCACAGCUUUUAAAAAAAUACUUAAUAAUAAACACUAUCGAUAUCCAAAAACAGUCCAAACAGAUCAGGGAAAAGAAUUUUUAGGAAGUGAGUUCCAACAGUUGUUAAAGCAUAAUGGAAUUAAAUUUCGGAUUUUAACUUGGAUGCUAAAAAAGUUCAUUUUGGUAGAAGUUCAAUUUGGUGAUAUAACAAAAGGUGUCCGCGCUAUUGGAAUAGAAGCUUUCCAAGCUGGUGUAAAUAUAAUUGAUAACAUUGGUCAACGUAAUUUACCAUUUAAAGAUGCAUCGACAAAUCGUGCAACCAAAUCAGGUAUAAACUUGAAACGUAAGACAGCGUUAGAGGCAAGUCGAUGGGUUUAUUAUAAACCUGUUUCAUCACUAACUGACAAAAGUCCGAUAGAGUUUGUCAUAAACUCUCAAAAUAAGGAUUAUUUGGACCUCGAUCACACAAUGCUGAGAGUUAAUGUAAAAUUAAUACCUUACAACAAGGAUACAGAUGCGUCUGUGGCUCCAAUGACCCCUUCUAACAAUGCUUACCCGUACAGAGUAUACAUCGAAACAAUAUUUAAUUACGGACCUGCAGCAAAAACUUCUCACUUGUCCACGAGUCUUUGGGAAACCGAUGUAGCUGGUGAAAUGGAUGAACUACCUGGAUCAGAGAAAAAUAUAUCUCUCACAAAACGUCACGAGUAUAUAAAGGAUGGUAUGACAGUGGACUUGAUGGGUCAUUUGAAUUGUGACGUGUUUAAUCAAGAUAAACUUUUAUUAAAUGGUGUCGAAGUUCGUCUACGUCUGGUUCGUUCGAAGGAUGCAUUUUGUUUGAUGGAUGCAUCUACAAUGAAUUAUUCAGUCAGUAUUACCGAAGCAACACUUCUUGUACGACGAGUAAAAGUAAGCCCCACAGUUUUGAUUGCACAUGCAAAGGCUUUAGCGAGCACUACUGCAAAAUAUCCAAUCACUCGUGUGGAAGUUAAAUCUUUUACUAUGCACAGCGGUAUUACAGGCGACCGUUUAGGAAACGUUAUUCUUGGUCAGUUACCAAAAAGAACAAUACUAGGUUUCGUCGACAACAAAGCUUUCAACGGGGACACAAAACUUAACCCCUUUAAUACCCAAAAUUACUCUAUUAAUUUUUUGUCAUUAUACGUUGAUGGAGUACAAAUUCCAAGCAAACCAUUACAACCUACUUUUACAGGAAGUCAUUGGAAUUUAGUAAAAAAUGGUUCCGUCAGAAUAGAAAAUUUGACAACGUGUUAUUCUACAACUAUGUUAGAAAUAGAUUUAAACUGUCAGAUAGUUAUGGAUUUCAACGCCUAA